AUGCGCGAGGAGCGGUUCCGGUUCCGCGACCGCGCCGCACCCUCGACCACUGCUAGCGAGGAGUGGUUCCGGUUCCGCGACCGUGCCGCACCCUCGACCACUGCUAGCGAGGAGCGGUUCCGCGACCGCGCCACACCCUCGACCACUGCUAGCGAGGAGCGGUUCCGCGACCGUGCCGCACCCUCGACCACUGCUAGCGAGGAGCGGUUCCGGCGAAGCGGGCCGACCAUGAACAUGUCGUCGGGCGUGGUGCGAGCCUGCGACGAGUCAGCCGGCUCGUGUCCGUCCGUCGUCAACGUGACGUCGCGUGACGUCAACGUGACGUCGCUGCUGCUGGAGAACGGCUAUGAUGUCAGGAGCUGGCUGCAGCUCGGCCUCUGCUCGCGGCCAUACCUGCAGUCAAUCCAACCGUUCUGGGCGCGCUUUCCGGCGCCACCUUACUGGUACCAUCUGGCUAUAGCGGCCUGCUACGCCCUGAUCCUGCUGGUGGGAUGCGCCGGCAACCUCUUCGUCAUCUGCGUCUUCGCCAGGCACCGGAAGCUGCGCAAGCCGUCGAACCUGCUGCUGCUGAACCUGGCGAUCAGCGAUCUGGUGAUGGUGUUCAAGUCCGUCACCAUCGUCACCAAUUCGGUGUUCGCUGGGCCGGUGCUCGGUGUCAUAGGUUGCGAGUUCUACGGGUUCUCAACUGGCGUGACGGGCAUCACCAGCAUCAUGACUCUGGCCAGCAUCGCCAAGGACCGGUGCCGGGCGAUUUGUAAACCCCUGGACCUGACUCACCAGCUGACGCGACGCCAGGCCUACGUCAACAUCCUGGGCGUCUGGGCGUACGGCCUCCUCUUCAGUGUGCUGCCCCUCAUGGGGGUUGAAGGCAUCCGCUUCACGCCGGAGGGCUACCUGACGUCCUGCAGCUUUGACUACACAUCCGACAGUGCGGCCAACAAGGCGUUCAUCUUGGUCUUCUUCACGGCCGCCUGGAUCCUACCGUGUUGCGAGAUCUGCCGCUGCUACUACAAAAUAUUCCGUACGGUGCAGGGAACAACCUUCGAAAGAAGCAUGGAGGAGAGAAAAGACUCAACAUGGCGAUGCUCCAACAACAGGAAGUGCAAGUCAGAGAUCAGGCUGGCCCGGGUAAUCGGCAGCGUAGUGCUGCUCUGGUUCCUCUCCUGGUCUCCCUACGCGGCCGUCGCUUUGAUGGGCGUGUUCGGCCAGCAGAGAUACAUCACGCCGCUCAUCACCAUGAUACCAGGCAUCUUCUGCAAGACGGCGGCCUGUCUGGACCCGUUCAUCUACUCCAUCAGUCAUCCGCAGUUUCGGGCCGCGCGAUACAAAAAGCCUUGCGUGUCACAGACAGUGACCACAGGUCCAGAGCAGCUGCGACUGUCCGGCCUCUCCCAGUGA